UUUUUCUCCCUUUGCUUGCUUCUCUUUAUCUCCUCUACUUCAAGAUGGCAGAUAACAACACCACAACUCAAGACUUUGAUGGUUCCUCUCAGACUACUUCUACUGGUAACAAAUAUGGAGGACUUGCGCCAAAGAAGAAGCCUUUGAUUUCAAAGGAUCAUGAACGUGCUUUCUUUGACUCCGCUGACUGGGCUCUAUGCAAGCAAGGUGCAGGAGUUGAUCAAAAAUCAACAGUGGCUAUAGAAACAUUGCGUCCCAAAUUGCAGAGAACAGCUCAUCAGCAAUUGCCUCCUAGAAGACCUGCUUGUACAUCUUGAUUCACAUGUUGUACCUUCAAAAUGCUGGUUUUGUUAUGUUCUUUAAUUUGAUGGCUAAGUAGAUAUAAUAUGUCACUAUAAAUACAGGUGUGUUGUUUACUAAGUUCUUUUCUUCAAUAUGGGAUUUGGAUGUAAUCACCAAUAAUUCUUUAAGAACUUUUGUUGCUUAAGCAUUUAUAAAUUACUAUUAUU